CCAGAAGAGACGAACGCGCCCUCUAAAAUCAAUCCAUCAAUCGAUCAAUCCAUCAAUCCAUGGCUGUCUAGAAAGAAUUUCCGCCGUUCAUAAGAAACGAUUCCCCAACUUUAAUAAUCAUCAUCAUAACCAUGUAUAUGACCAUAACCACUACACAACCACAACCACAACCACAACCAUGAACAUGAACAUGAUGAUAUCCGCAUGAACAUGAGAGUGAGCAUGAGCAUGAGCAUGAGCAUGUACAUGAACUAUAUGAUAACAAACAUUUUCGCUUCUCCUACCAUAAUUUCAACCUUCCACUUUUGUUAAAGAAGGGGAAAGCGGAGGCUCUUAUUAAAAAAGAAUACCCAUUCAAUUUUCUCCCUCUUUUAUUUAUCCCUCUGUUCUUCAUUCCUUUUGCGCUGGUAUCGCGAAACUUCGAAAAAGAAAAAGAAAAAAAAGAAGCUCCAGUACGGUAACAUCGAAGCAACAUAAACCGUUCCCAAACAAUAUUCGAUUGCAGUUCUACCUUGGAAUAAUAUCUACCAACCAGUGAAGGAACAAAACAAACACGUUGAGAUCAAAAUCAAGGAAUCGAAUCUCGCGACUUGUUUCUCUAUUUCGCUAUCGCAUUGCAGCAAAUAAAAAAAAGUCACCCGAAAUAUUACCCUUACCUUACUGUGCUUUCUUUAUCGUACAUUCACCAUACAGCCGUUCCAUGCCGUUAUUGGGUCCUCACAAAGGGUCGCAGUAAAUCAUGGAACCCGUGCCGGAACUCCACUCCCUUGAGGAAUUCAGGGCAUCUCCUGUACCAAGAUUACGAUUACAAGAAUCUGCUCUUUACGACAGUCAAACUCCAAUUAAGGAUCGAGAACAAUCUGCCAGACCGCAAACUCUUCGAAGAACUACAGAACCAAUACCUCAAUCACCCCGCUCCCCAGGAUGGUCAUCCCCUGUUACUCCUACAAUCCCUCUUCGUCCUCGAAAUACUUCACCAUAUGCGAGAGGCCAUUUUAGAUCAAGAUCAAACGGUAGUGUUUUGGCACCUCCAAUGUCGCGAGCACAAUCAUUACCAGCAGUAAAUGGUGCUGGCCACCUACUCAUGUCUCCUCAAAGACCCGCAAGUCCUUUAGGCUCACCAGCUCGAGUUCGCAUACCCAGAAAACCCGCAGAUGAAGUGUUCCCAGGGUUUCCAAAUCGUGCUUUGAUUAAUAUUAGUGAGGGUGAGCAGCCAGCUUUUGAUGAGGAUACUUCAAAAAUGUCGGAUCGCAGUGCCUCCCCAAUCUUAGGUAUACCUUCCAGCGGUAGUUAUACCCGCGUACGAAGACCAGCUUCCCCUUUACGACAUAUCACAACAGGUCCCUUUAUUGGUGGCGCAACACCCACGACUCCAUCCUCUUCGACUUCAUCCCCUUCAUACAAUACAACAAAAUUCGGCGAAUCCUAUCUCACCUCGAACAUUUCCACCAGUUCCUUGUAUUAUCCUGGUUCAUACACAUCUUCAUCCGUUCCUUCUACACCUACUUCUACAAGAUCUCGCAGCCCGAGUAUAUCCAGCUUGGAAACAAUACCUGAUACACCGGAUGCGGAAGAAGCUGCCAUAGAAGCAGAUAGGAUUGCUCAGUUAAAAGCUGCGGCAGAUGCGGCAGAUGGAGCUGAAUGUGAAGAUGCCAAAUCAAGAGGAGUUGACACUUCUGGGGGACGUGGUAGAGGUCUAGGAGGAUUUGGUUCACGGGAUAAGAGAAAACGUUGGAGUGUUUGUGGUGCUGAAAGAAGAGGUGAUUUGAAUCUAGAUACGAUCUGGGAGGAUUGAGAUUGUUUGAAUCACGAUACCACGAUGAUGAAAGGCCUAUGAAUGAAUCGAUUCACGAGAAGAUUAUGGUCAGAAGAAAUCAGUUGUCGAUAGGAUGCGUUGUUCAGAUUACACGGCUUCAGUACAAAAUUCCGAUUCGUCCCUGCUGUACUCCACAGUCGAAUUGUCUAGAUGUGCAUAUCUAGAAAAGAAUCGGGAUACUGAAUAAGUCUCUCAGUAUCUUCCCUUGCUCAUACAUUAUUGUACGAUACCCCUUGAGCAUUUUUGGGGGAAUGGUUUCAUUUCCCAAGGAGCAUUAUAUUCGGAGUUAUUUGGGGGGAGGGAGAGGGUUUUGAUAGCAUUGCAAUGGAUAUUUGUUUGUUUUUUUUUGGUUUUUUCUUGUUCCCCGAAACUGUAAAUAGGAUUAAUGCAAGUGGCA